CUCGAGGAACUACUCGCCGUAGGAACACCAACACCAACUCCAACAUUAAGUGACAGUCAUAAUUUUCCCGGGCUUUAGAAGACUGACAGUUGUCACCUUGUUCCGCAGCUCCUGACCUGCGUGUGGACCGACUGAUCAAAGUCAAUCCAUGCGCAAGAAUUUCAGGCUAAAUGGAGGAGGGAUCGAUUGCGGAUCUGCGUGUUUCUAACAAAGGUCGCCCCCAAGGUCUAACUUCGAGUGGCGGCGAAGGCAAGGAUGCGAAUAAGCAGAACAACAAGACGUCCCGGCCCUGGCGCAGUCUGUUCUCUACCUCCUCUAGCAAUACGGGCGCCGACCUUUUGAGCAGCCAGAAUCUCGGUGCAGCGUCCUCGGUGCAGCAUGCCAGUAGGCACACUGCGCCCUCUUUCUCCACUCCAUUGUCUUCCUCGACUGGGGGUAGUCGGACGGUCCCCGUUCCACCUCUCGGCGGCCAACAACAUCAUCCUAGUAAACACGCGCGGAAGGACCAGGCUUCUUUAUCCCUCUCGAGCACGGGUGUUGGGACCGCGACAGGUGUACAGAACCCGCUGCCCGGAGCGCCCGGGACCGCGAAAUUUGAAAACUCUUCGGCCAGCAGCGGCGAGGACCGGCGGUUCUCCUUCGGCAGCUCUGCCGACGCCGCGCACGAGCAGCUGGGGGCCUUGAGUAAUCACUUUUCGCAAGCCUCUGCCGGGACUCGCGCAGUUGACCCGUUGAACGAUCCAGAGUUACUUGCCUCCAGCACCAGUUUCCGCUUCACGAACUUCCGCACCGCGGACGCGCUUCCCGAGGCUAUCGUGACGACCGACAAGGAGGGAAAGCUGGUGAUCCAAAAAACCUCGUUGGAAACGAAAGAAAAGCUCCUCGAAGAGCUCGCUGUCGUGCGUACAUCUAUGCAGCACGAGCAGUCGCAGACGCUGAGCACGCAGAGCACAAUUGUAGACCACUACGCGUCCGCUAGCAACAAGAUGAGCGGACUGACGCCACAGCGCCUGUCCGAGGCGGGGAGCAACCACAGCAGCUCGACGGGCGGUGGCAACAACCAGGCAGCUGGGGGAGCAACAUCAUCUUCGAACAAUCCCAAUAGCCGCUUCAACACGCUACUCGAGAUGGAGCAGAUCGAAAAGGAGCAGCAACAUGCUGGAGCCGCUGUGUCGUUCCAGACAACUGCCGGGGGAGUACCAAUGCCGCCGGAUUUGCAGCCAGUGGUGCAAUUGCGAACCAGUACCAUGUCCGACACCAGUCGAAACUUGCUGAACCGCGCAAGCGCAUCCAACACGGGCAUCGUUCCGCCGCCCCGUGUGUCUGACAUGAUCAACGACGCCGAUGUGAUCGUGAGCCCAAGUCCGUCAGUCCUCUCCCGCGUUUUUUCCGGAACGGGCGAGCGGUUGCAGUCUCUCCUCAUGCUGCGCGCAAGCACCUCCACUUCGAACCAUCUACGGCAGAGCCAGAUUUCGCAGGGCGCCGGCACAACUGGAGGUGUGGCCUCUAUGUCGAGCGGAAAUGGGGCUUUUUUCGGAACUUCUGCGCAGCAGCAGCAACAGCCGCAACUGGUGCCGAACUCCUCCGCGAGUUCGACGUCUUUCAUCGGGCAGCACCCUUCGUUUCCGCCGCAGCGCGCCGUCUCGCAAAGCGGGCACUCCAUCAUCGAGUCUGCUGCGUCGACUGACAGCUUCGAGGAAAAGAUGGACUAUUUUCCGGGUGACGAGGAGCAACACCGGUCGCUUCGGAACCACGACACGGACCCGCGGAAGCAGUCCUGGACGGCGCGGUGGCGGAACAGUUACUUUGGCGGGGGCGGCGGACACCCGACGACGUCCGGUCAGGGUCCGCGGUUGAGCGUUUUCCAAAACUUACAAUCCGUCUGGCAGAAGACGAAGUCGGAACCCAGCGUGAUGCCGUCGGACAACCAGCAGCGGCGGCAGGGCGCCAUCGGCGGGCUCCUCUUCGGCGGGCAAGACCGAAAGUCGUCCACGUUUCAGAGUCCGACCGGCUCCAGUUUUCUCUCCUCGACUAUGUUCAGCAGCGCCGCCGGCAAUAGAAAUAGCGGCAGCGGCACAAAUAACCCGAACUCCCCGCGCGCGGGGCAGUUCCGCGACAAGGCGGCGAGGUUUCUUUCGCGCGGGCGCGCUAAAUCCGAAACCGAUCCCGCGGUGCUGGUAAUGCGCGACCGACGGGCGAGUCGCGACCGCCGCACCAGCCGGUUUCUGGGGAACAUGGACAACGACCUGCUGAAUUUUCACAAGGACAUAUCCAAAGUGUCCAGGAAGGAGGCGCUGCACUUGGAUUUCGUGGUCCGCGACGAUACGCAGGACGCCUACGCGGGUAGAAUGCACUUCGUCCGACAGCUGUACCACGUCCGCGACCCAAAAGCGUCCCUUGCCCGCCGGUUCGCCGAUACCUUCGAUGGGAAGAACCCGAUGGACCGCGUUUUUCAGAAAUACUUCCAGAUGAAAAUGAAGAUGCGCGACGGCGAGGAGGAGGAGCGGGAGCCGAAGAUUGCGCUGUUCUCGGUGUUCUCCAAUGUGGCCAUCAAGGUCUCCGUCGCGCUCUUCACAAUUUCUUGCUGGACCAUUUUCGCCCCGCCCUGGUUCCUGGCGUUCGAACAGUUUCUGAUCGAAAAACAAAUCCCGAACUGGUUUUUCUUCCUGGACCUGACUUUCGACGUCCUUUUCCUGUGUUUGGUCAUCUUGCAGGACUGCUACCAGUCCCGGCUCGAUUUCCGGGCGAAAGAGGAAAUCAUCGAGCUCGCCUACAUCCAACAGCUCGCGCUGCGAUCACCGGCCUUCUGGAUUGCCGUCUCGUCCUCCUUGCUGGGGUUUGUGGUCUUCGCCUGCAAAGUCAUCUUCGACGUGCAUUCCCUGUUUGGCGGAAGCAGCGGCCCCGCCAUCGAGAUGCUGCUCCUGCUGCGUCUGACGAGGGUGCGGUAUGUGGUGCGACUCGGGGAAACGUUUCGCCACUCCACGCUCGUUUUGAAUAGUACCGUCCAGGUAGUAUUCUCAGAUUUCUACGUUUGUUCUUCUUCUUCUUUUUCGCCAUCGUCAGACAAAGUCGAUUCACUUAGACACAUCCACAAUCACGACAUACAAGUAGCAUACGUGUUCUAUUUGGUGGAUUUGCGUUCUACUGCUUCCUCGGAACUGCAACAGAAGAGGUGAUUUCUACAUUCUACCUUCAAAACAGGUGAUGCGUCUCUGCUUCUUCGUGAUUUUGUCCUCUCAUUUGCUCGCUUGUCUCUGGUUCUACGUGAUCUAUCACCACGGGGAUUUGCGGGCCCAUUUCCACUUGAACGCUGAGGAUUUGCGGCAGAUGGGCGACCACCUGGACUGGUAUCAAAUGUAAAAAUGUCUGGGUCUGGAAGAGUUCACGUUUGUCAUGCUUGUCUGGCAUGACUCUUAAAACUUAAAUCUGUUAUGCACGUUACCCAAGAGCUCCGUUAUUCUGUGAUGCAGAAGCGCAGUUUAUCAUGCAGUUUAUCAUGCACACCUAGGAGCUCCGAAACUUGUCAUGCUGAGCCAGCAUUUGUAGCCUCAUCAUGAGACGCCACCCAGCAUCACAAGUUUCCAGACCCAGACACUUUUGCAUUUGAUAACUGGGAUAGCAGCACCACGACCUCGUCGAGUGGCGAACAAAUUGGCGGGAAUACCACCAAAAAUUCCCCAAACUUUUGGAACGUCCCGGCGAUUUCGCUGUAUCUAUACGCGCUGCGGGACGCAAUUUUCAUGAUGGUGGCGAAGGACAGAAAAGCGACCACGCAGUACGAAAGUUCCAUUCUUGCCGUCAUGGGCAUCGUGGGGACUCUGAACAUUGCCGUGAUUUUUGGAAACUGCAACUGGCUUUUCACCGUGCAGCGGCAACGCCAGAUGAAACACUACCAAGGUAUCUUCAUGACCUAGACUGCAAGAGACAUGAAUGGUUACUGCUUGUUUUCAUUCGUCUCUCCUCGACGUCCGACUGAAAGCAAGAUGCGAAUCUGAAUUGAAGUAGGUCUCUACGCAGCUCUACUGAUGUGCUGCCGGCCAAGCAGCUAAAGAUAAAUGCAAGCGCAGCAUCUUUUUGGACCUUGCACCAAGUAAAAAACAGAUCUUGAAUGGGUCAAGCAGGCAGUUUCGGGGCUGGACGUACCGGGACACCUUCGACAACGCAUUUUCGAUUUCUACAAUUACACCCAGCUUCAUUACGACCAGGAAGCCUAUGACACGCUUUUCCGCGGGCUUUCCCCGACUCUGAAUCUUGAGCUCAAGCUGUAUCUGUACGCCGACUUGUUGCGCGGGUCGGCUUUCUUCAACGGCGUCAAAGUGCAAGUGAUAAAAUCCGUGGUGCUACGCCUGUUGCUCGCGAUCUAUUCGGCGGGCGACUACGUCAUCCACAAGAACGACAUCGCUCGCGAGUGCUUCUUCAUCGUGAAAGGCCGGUGUGAGGUCAUCGUGGAACUCGGCAGCAAGCCCGUAUGCACGUUUCUGGAAGGCCAGAACUUUGGGGAGAUGGCGCUGUACAGGGUAAGUAUUUAAGUGCACGCCCGCAUUGCUGAUGUGAAGCGUGCGUCGUCGAUGUCGUCGAGAUUUUGAUUUUACGUUAAACAGUUAGUCGCUCGCCUAAAGAAGCGAGCACUAGCACAAAACUGAUUUUAUUAUCUGGACGCGGUACUGGGGGUCGGGGUCGGGUUGUACGAGUAGGAGUAGGAGUGGAAGGUCUCACUUUUACUUUCUUUCAUGCUGACCUCCCUCGUCUGGUCGUGAACAAGAUGAUCGAUUGCUGUCAAACACUACACUUCUACAGAUGGUCGAGGACAACGCGAAGCGUACUGCCUGGGUGCGCGCGGUAACGUUUUGCCACUUGGCCAAACUCACGAGAAACGCUUUUGAGGACAUUCUGGCAGAGUUUCCGGAUUCGCAGGAGCAGCUGUAUGAAAAGGUCGGCGACUUCGUGAAAAAGCGUUACAGCAGCAACUUGCAGACCAUCCAGGACAACGCACGAGACGAAAACGCGCCCACCAGAAGCAGCACGGCUAAUGUGGCCGCGGCCUCGCGACGUACGUAAUCUUCUCAAGUGGUCCUCUACUUCAUGUUCAUCACGGUCAUUUUAUUCAUUAAGGAAGGUAGAUGAACAAGCUAAAGCUACGUCAUACCCUGCAUCUUGCAUCUUCAGGCUCCACGAGCUACUUAGGGGGGCCUUUUUCUUGCUUCCGCAAGAUCAAGUACCAUUAUACCGAGCAUGAUGUCAACAUGCAUAGAGUAACAGCUGCAAGGUGUUGCUUCAUUAUAUGAAUAUGGAUAUGCAGGUUCUUCUGUGGAGGAUUCCGCGACCGCGGCGCCCAAUGCUCGGCCCAGUUUUACGCGCAUGGGCGCGCGCCGCAGCACUGGCGGGGGCAGCAAUGGGGGUGCAAUGCUCAACGAAACGGUGCAGAAGCAACUGACGGCGCAGGCCAAUGUGCUGCUUGCAAUUGGCAAAAACAUGAAUGUGGACGGAGAUUUGUUGGCGAGCAUGGAAAAGGCGAUGGCGCCGUCGCCGAGCGCGACGCUGGUACCGGUGCACAGCUUUCAGCUUUUUCCUCCUACCGUAUCUUCCUCCGUGGGUAGUGUGCCGCUAAAUCCUGGAACGCGCAGAACCGUGGCCGGAGUGAACAUAUUGAACGACGAGGGGGAGGUAGUUGUAGCCGGGGGCACUACUAGCAGACCGGAAUCGCCCGACGACGAUGAAGGUGGCAACAACCAAGACGAUGCGGAGGGGCCGGACGGGCGGCGAAGCCUGGUGCUCUUUCCCCAGCAAGAGGAAAUCUUCGAGAACACGGGGGGCGUCGUUAAAAUCCGCCGCGUCAGCACGGCUAGCGCAUCAGCAUCACUGCCGCUGCAACAGCAACUAGUCCAACAAUCGGCCACGGCGGCGCAGCAGGGGCCCCUUGCUGGAGGUGGCACAGGUACUAGCCAUCAAACCGUUCUAGAAACAGCGCAAAGCCAGAAUGCGCAGAAGAUGAAAGGUGCAGCUGCUAACGUCGGAACUGGGUCCGCGCAGCGCGAUGAAAACAAGAACGUCGAGGCAGAACACGGACUCGCGACGAAAAGCCCUGAAAAGGGCAAGGCGGGUUCGAGUGCUAACAACCUCGACUCAGGAGGGGAGGGAGAAGAGCAAGCAGCUACAGCUACCGACGAAAAAAAUGCCGAGGCGAGACCAAUCGUGAUACGUCGGGAGUCGCAGGAGGAGGUGGAUGUCAACAGCGACGCAGAACUCUCGGCUUGAUGGAGGACCAAAAGGGGAGGUGCAGUGGGUGAUCCGAGAUUCAGAUUCAGUCAAUUUUUGUUUGUGAGUAACGAGUCCUUCACGACAGUCGGUCAGGACAACGUGAUGGAAGGUUGACACAAACCCUACCGAGUUAGUAGUUUCACAAUACUAAGAAAGACUUGCGAAGUACUAAUGAAUGAUUUGUUGCAGUGUUUUAUCUGGAAUUUCCAAAAAAUUCAAAGCCAUCGAUUCUAUUUCGGAAAACAAUCAAUCUGGAAAGGUGAAUAGUGCUACUUGUCAACAGUGACAUUUAUCUAAACCUAAAGUGACCAACAAGGAGUGCAUGGAUGUACAGGACGAACGAGAACGCGCAGACGAAAGAGAAGACUAGAGCAGUAGGUAGCGACUGCGUCCGGAUAGUACUUCUCAAUAAAAGUUACUCAGCAUGACACAUAAAUCGAGUUUAUGAAUUUACUUUCAGUGGUUGAUGAUACCGAUGCUGAAAUACAAAUAAGCGUUUCACAAAUUAUUCGUCAUCGCUUCGUGAAAAACGAUCCACUUCGAAUUUAUCAUUGUAGGGCUGUUUCAUCUCCAAACAUUUUGCCACGGUCAGCGACUGUGAGAACCCAGAUUUUGCACCUUGUACAAUCAAUUUUUCGAGGAGGUAAGAUUGGAAAGAUAAAGCAAUCUAAGUCUGUACAAAAACAGAGUAGCUGGUGGUACCUGCUGGCCAACCAAGAAAGGCCACAAGCUGUGGAGCUUCA